GCGGCCAUGGCGGGGAAAGGGGCCGCCGCCAACGCCGGGGUCUUGCUGGUGACAGCCAACGUGGGAUCCUUGUUCGAUGAUCCAGAAAAUUUGCAGAAGAAUUGGCUUCGGGAAUUUUAUCAGGUUGUACAUACACACAAGCCACAGUUCAUGGCACUACACUGUCAAGAGUUUGGUGGGAAAAACUACGAAGCAUCCAUGUCUCACGUGGACAAGUUUGUUAAAGAAUUGCUAUCAAGUGAUGCAAUGAAAGAAUACAACCGGGCUCGGGUUUAUCUGGAUGAAAACUACAAGUCGCAGGAACAUUUCACGGCACUGGGAAGCUUUUACUUUCUCCAUGAAUCCUUGAAAAACAUUUACCAGUUUGACUUUAAAGCUAAGAAGUACAAAAAAGUGACGGGAAAAGAAAUCUACUCAGAUACAUUAGAAAGUACACCUAUGCUGGAAAAAGAAAAGUUUCCACAGGAUUAUUUCCCUGAGUGUAAAUGGUCCAGAAAAGGCUUCAUACGAACACGAUGGUGUAUUGCUGAUUGUGCCUUUGACUUGGUAAACAUUCAUCUUUUCCAUGAUGCUUCCAAUUUAGUUGCUUGGGAAACAAGCCCGUCGGUUUACUCAGGAAUAAGGCAUAAGGCCCUUGGUUAUGUACUUGACAGAAUUAUAGACCAGCGGUUUGAACGAGUUUCAUAUUUUGUCUUUGGAGAUUUCAACUUUCGACUGGACGCAAAAUCUGUGGUAGAGACACUUUGUGCGAAGGCUACCAUGCAGACUGUCCGGGCCGCUGAUACUAAUGAAGUAGUCAAACUAAUAUUCCGUGAAUCCGAUAAUGACCGAAAGGUUAUGUUGCAGUUAGAAAAGAAGCUGUUUGACUAUUUUAAUCAAGAUGUUUUUAGAGAUAACAAUGGCACUGCGCUCUUGGAAUUUGACAAAGAGCUGUCAGUCUUUAAAGACAAAUUAUAUGAACUGGACAUUUCAUUUCCUCCCAGCUACCCUUAUAGUGAAGAUUGUAGCCAGGGAAUGCAGUACAUGAACACUAGAUGUCCAGCUUGGUGUGACAGGAUCUUGAUGUCACAUUCUGCCAAAGAGCUGAUUCUAAAGUCAGAAAACGAUGAGAAGCAAGUGGUGUACGACCACAUCGGACCAAACAUCUGUAUGGGGGACCACAAGCCCGUGUUCCUGUCCUUUCGAAUAGCCACUGGGGCAGGUAAACCUAUUGCCAAUGUGCACAAGUGUUGUGUCGUGCAGUGAUGUGGUGGGAAAAGAUGCCUCCGAAAUGAGAAGAUCUUUCGUGAAAGCUCCUUGUAGCGAGGAAGAGGACAACGAGGAAGA